CUAUUUUUUUUUAAGCCAGUUGCUUACUCCAACUAUAAGACAAAAGCAUUUGCUCUGAAGGAGAAGCAGAGAUGGGAUCUGUUUCUUUGAAAAUAGGUGAUGGAACUGCAAGAUUCAAGAGGGCUUCAUUUUGUUCUUCUGCUCUGAAUCUGCUUAUGCUCUUCUCUGUAGUUACAACUAACCUUUUUGCUUUAUAUGCUUUUACAUCUUCACCCAAGAACCAUCAUGCUCAGCAUCUACUGCUUCCACAUACCCACAAGAACAUAUCUUUGAUCUCAGAACAAGUGUCUUUAAUCCUCAGAGAGAUUGAUUCUUCUCAGAAAAAGCUUGCCCAGAUGGAGAAAGAGCUCUUAGGCUAUGAAAGCAUUGAUCUUUCUAGUUCAAAGUUUACAAGUGAAUUGAGAGCUUUCUUGCAGCAUCAUUUGCUUCCUUUGGGUAAAGAUUCAAGAACUGGGAUCACUGAAAUGGUGACUUCUGUUGGACAUUCUUGUGUGAAAUCUCUGGAUUUGCUGUCUCAGUUUAUGAAUUAUAAGGUUAAUGCCCCUUGCCCUGAUGAUUGGAGUCUUGGACAGAAGUUGAUUCUAAGUGGUUGUGAGCCUUUGCCAAGAAGAAGGUGUUUUGCCAAGACUAUUCCAAAGGUUGGUUUACUGUCUUUUCCUGAUUCACUUUGGAAAAAUUAUAGUGAAAAGAUUUAUAGCUGGAGUGGUCUUGGUUGCAAGAAUUUAGCUUGUUUGAAUGCUAAGAAACUGAAUAGAGAUUGUGCUGGUUGUUUUGAUAUAAUUAGUGGUUAUGAGACUCAGAGGUAUGUUAAGGCUAGGGUGAAGAAUGAUUUCCUCAUUGAUGAUGUGUUAGCAAUGGGAAAUGGUGGAAUAAGAAUUGGAUUUGAUAUUGGUGGGGGAUCUGGUACUUUUGCUGCUAGAAUGGCUGAUAGGAAUGUCACUCUAGUUACUGCCACUUUGAAUGUCGAUGCACCAUUCAAUGAAUUCAUUGCUGCAAGGGGUCUUUUCCCUUUAUUUUUAAGUUUGGAUCAUCGCUUCCCCUUUCAUGAUAAUGUGUUCGAUUUGGUUCAUGCGGGCAAUGUAUUGGAUGUCAGCGGCCGCCCUGAGAAAUUGGAGUUCUUAAUGUUUGAUAUUGAUCGAAUUCUGAGGGCUGGAGGAUUGUUUUGGUUGGAUAAUUUCCUUUGCUCUAGUGAAGACAAGAAAACUGCAUUAACUAGGUUAAUUGAACGUUUCGGGUACAAAAAACUCAAAUGGGUUGUGGGUGAGAAGAUCAAUGGAUCUGGAAAAUCUGAGGUUUAUUUGUCUGCUGUUCUACAGAAACCAGUAAGAGUUUGAUGCUAUUGCUUUUCUCAGGGCAGACAAUAGGGGUAGAUUUUCUCAUAGAAAAGUUAUGCAAGUUCAUUAUUGACAUAGACUAAGUGAACACAUCCGCCUUCUUUUCUCAACUGCUAACCAGCAUCAUAGGAGGCGGGUUCGGCUUUGUGGCAGGUAUUAUAUGUCUACGAUCUGUAAGAUUAUUCACUUAUAUUUGUAUUGAACUAGAUACUGAAAGAACCACUUGAGGUUAAUGGGAAAAUAACUUGGAAUCUGCUGGCAUUGGCAUGAGUCUUUUGUCUGUGUCAAUUGUUUAUUUGAGGUUAGGAAAAAAGAAAUGUUUUUUUCCAAAUUUCAUUCACAGUCCAGCUGCAAUUGAAUUGUAUUAUUGGGAUAUAUAUCCUCUCAUCUUGUCCCUUGAUUAAUGCAUUUGGGUUGAUGCCUUCCGACA